GGAGCCGCAUCCCGGGAGCGCAGCCGCGGCGGCAGCAGCAACAGCGACAGCAGCAGCGGAGCCGAACCCGGAGCGCCCCUCGGAGCGGGACGCGAGCCGGAGGCGCUCCCGGAGCCCCCCCCGGAGCCCCCCCCGGAGCCCCCGAGCCAUGGCCGAGCACAUGCUGAUGCCCGUGGGCGGCGGGCUGCAGGGCUACCGGCUGGGGGUGGGCGCGCUGCAGGGCGCCCCGCAGCACGGGCAGCACGUGCUGAGGACGCUGCCCACCCCGGGGCAGAUGAUGCCCUACGGAGGGGCCUCCAUGGACGGGGGGAUGCGGCCGCGACCCAACCUGGGCGGACAGAUGGGUCACCACCAGCUGCAGAGCGCGAUGAUGUUCGGCGCCCCGAGCCCGCAGCAGCAGUACCUGGCGCCCGUGGGCACCCAGCAGCUGAUGGCCAGCAUGCACCUACAGAAACUCAACACCCAGUACCAAGGUCACCCCCUGGGGAUGAGCGGCGCGCCCGUGGGCGCCGGCGGGCAGCAGUACCGAGUGGGGCCGAACCAGCACCCCGGCAUGCAGCACAUGCCCUCGCCGGCGCUGACCUUGAACGUUAUGGACACUGAUCUCAUAGAUGAGGAGGUCUUGACGUCCCUUGUCCUGGAACUGGGGUUGGACCGGAUUCAGGAGCUGCCAGAGCUAUUCUUGGGACAGAACGAGUUUGACUUCAUUUCAGACUUUGUUAGCAAACAGCAACCCAGUGCCAUCAGCUGCUGAGGGGCUUUGAGCUCCUCCUUGUGUCUUGGUGGUAUUGAGUUUGUUUCUAACUUCCUUCUCCACCUGCCACCCUCCUCCCUUCCCCUGCCUUGCCCUGUCCUGGAUUCCUGACCUCCUCAAAGAGACAAUCAUCGGACACCGGCUUGCAAUGGAUUGCUUUUCUCUUCUGUGUGGUUUUUCACUUGGGAGUUCCUGGGAACGGGACGCGUACCCCAAACGCGGAGCAGAUCGAGAGCUCUUGCCGUAGAGCUGCCUCUAAAUGGCAUUAACAGGAUUUCUGGCUUAAGUAGAAAUAAUGGACUUAAUGACUUUCCACAACCAGGCUUCGAGCGCAGGAAGUGAUGGGCAGCUGGCAGCCCUGCCGGUAGCUGGAUUUGCUCGAGGAUUCCGUGGUGCCAGCGAAGUUAAAGGAUCCCCUGAGAAAGGAUUGUCUCCCGGGUGCAUGGUUUGAACCAGUUUCCCCUUGCAAACAUGGGUGGGGUUGGCUGUUUGGUGGGACCUCUUUGCUGUGACAGCCCCGUCUGCGCAGCUCGGAACGGGGGCACUACCCCUCCAGUAGGCUUUUUUUUUUGGAACUGGCUGAGCAAAAUAAAGUGCGCCUUGGGGAAGGGUGUGCAUAUGUGCCUAAAUGUUCAUCUCUGGGGAACUUUGCCUCUCUGACCUGUGCAGCGAUCGACUGUAAAAUGUCCAGAGCGAGGCUGAUUCAGGCAGAAGGCUUAAAGCUGCAGUCUAGCUCCACUUUUUUCCACCUCUGAAACCAAAUAAAGACCAUGUAACUGUAUAUUCCAGAUCUAAUCUUAUUUAUUUUCCUAUGAUUAUUUAUUUGUAAGGGCUUCUUUUGUUAUUUGGCUUUGGGACUGCUGGGAAGGAUGCGUGGAGAGUACUGCAGCUUUAAGAUGCUGGCUUUAAAGAACGCCAAGCCUGGGAUAGUUUUCAAGGUUCUCUGCAGAUAAAGUCACUUCAGCCCUACAUCUUUGUGCUGAGCGCAUGGGAGUGUAAAUCCAACACCUUUCUGGAUGUGAUAAAGAUGACUCGAUUUCUAAUUCCCUCACUCAGAAAAGGUUAAAUGUAAAAGCCGGUGGGGUUUUGUUUCCUCCGCUGUCUCUUGUUUCCAGGUACUGUGAAGGCUCCUGUAACUCCUGGUUGCUGCUGCCCCCUGCUGCUGCCAGUUCCCACUCACCAACCCAGUGGGAAUGUACGGAUGAUUUAUGAAUAAAAGCUGAAACAUC